AUGCCAACAUCUUCCCGUCGACGUCAAUCUGACCCUUCUAUUGAAGUUUUAUAUAAUACAGCCGUUCAAUCGUUCGUCCGAAGAGAUCAUUCAAAGACACAAGCUACUUUAUCUAGGUUGUUAAGUAUUUUACCUCCCCCAAAAAGGGUAUGUCCUAAAGAAGAAUUUCAAAAUGGAGAAGAAUGGUUGAUUAAAACACUCAAAUUACUCAUAACAUCUCGUGUUUCAAUGUAUACAGAUCCUCCUCCUUCUAUCCCUUCCAAACCCAACGGAGGGAAGAUUGUUCAUUUAGAUCAAGAUUUAUUAAACAUGUUACCACCCACUUCACCUGAUAUCAUCUUGAAGGAUUUAGAAAUGAUAUGUAAAAAAGCUUAUCGUAUUAGAGAUACAACUUUGGAUCAUCCAUUACCACCUACCAUCCUCUCAACUAUAUUAUUAGCGAGUAUAAAAUUAAAACCUUCCCCUCCUGCUCUCUCUUACGCUCAUCAAUUAGCCGAAGAUUGGUUGACUUCACUUCCUGAUACUUUAUUUCAUCGUCAUCGUCAUGGUCAACCGGCCUUUCCGGCAUUGGAGAAGAUGAGGUUGGAAGCUGCUUGGGAAGGGUAUAUGAGGGUGUUGGAAUUGUUUUGCGGGGAAGUUUUAACUAGGGAAGGUGAAUGGGGUAUGGCUAGGGGUAUAUUGGAAGGUGAUGGUUUGAUGGGGAUAAAGAGGAAAGAGAACCUUUACCGUCAUAUACGCAAUAUGGAAUCUCGUAGUUUAUCAUCACCUUCUUCUUCCAUCAUUCUACCUACUCCAACGACUUCUCCAUCUUCUUCCCUUUUUCUCCAACCAUCUUCCCCUAACACGAUCCAUGUGCAUAAUCCCAAAUCUUCGCCAACAAACCCACUCUCAUCUAAACUCUCCCAUACCUCACAGAUAUCCCACGGUGAACGGACUUCUCAACCUUCUAGACGAUCUUCAACCAGUUCAAGUUCUUCCGAACGUACAGCCCGACCUGUAAUAAAAUUACCAUUCCCAGUCACUUCUCUAUCUUCUACCUCUGUCCGUAACCCUGUUCAAAGCCGUACCAGAUCAUCACAAGAUACUCCCAACGUAUCACUUUUACCCGGGUCUCUCAAAACGAAUCCCUCUCUAAGUAAUCACGAACCCUCGGAGACUUAUGUAAGGGACGGUUCUCAAAUUGGACGGACUGACUCGAAUAUUUUUCCUUCUCCAUCUUUCACAAGUCUCUUAUCAAGGUUAAACGACCUAAGAAAUUAUUCUUCGAAUUAUCUGACAUUGUUCUUGCUAUCAAGAAACCUGGCCAUAUUCUCACCUUUGUUAAUCAUCUUAGUAUGGGCUUUGAAAAGGAGAAAUCGGAAUAAGACAGGUUUAAAAAGACAUAAUGAUUUAAGAAGACAAUUAGAACGAGUGGAUAUGGGAGGAAGAGGAUGGAAGAAUUGGUUUAGAUGGUUUAGAUGGUUGAUAAGAUGGUGGGUUGGGAAAUUCUUAGGAGUUUGGGAAAUGGGUACAAAGAUUACUUAUCUUUGA